GCAACGUGAUCUGCAGCCACAGCACACACACACACACACACACACUCACACACACACACUCACGGAUAGAUUCUGCCUUUGCGGAAGCCAGAGGAGCCGAGGCGGCGCUAAAUUAAAUUAGCAUACUAACUAGUUAGCUCUGCGCCGAUGUGGAUGGACGGGUGAAGCGGACGGAGCUCCCUGAAGAACAGCACGGUUUGAUAAAGGCACGACUCCGCCGGGUCCGGGCUCAUUUUGUCGGGAUCUUCCUGCCGUCCGCCUGCCGAGGAGAUGGGGGACAAGGCGGGCACCAGAGUUUUCAAGAAGUCGAGCCCCAACUGUAAGGUGACGGUUUACCUGGGAAAGAGAGACUUCGUGGAUCACCUGGACCACGUGGACGCAGUAGACGGAGUGAUCCUCGUGGACCCCGAGUAUCUGAAGGACAGGAAAGUCUUCGUCACACUCACCUGUGCGUUUCGUUAUGGCCGUGAGGAUCUGGACGUCCUGGGUCUGUCGUUCAGGAAGGAUCUCUACAUCUCCACCUUCCAGGCCUUCCCUCCUGUGCCCGAGGAGAAGAAGCCCAACAGCCGCCUGCAGGAGAGGCUGCUGAAGAAACUGGGCCAACAUGCACAUCCCUUCUACUUCACUAUCCCUCAGAACCUCCCAUGUUCAGUCACUUUACAGCCCGGCCCAGAGGACACCGGGAAGGCCUGCGGCGUCGACUUUGAGAUCAGAGCGUUCUGCGCCAAGUCGAUAGAAGAAAAGAUUCACAAGAGGAACUCGGUGCGUCUGGUGAUCAGGAAGGUUCAGUACGCGCCGGAGAAGCCCGGACCUCAGCCCAUGGUGGAGACGACCCGCAGCUUCCUGAUGUCUGACAGAUCCCUACACCUGGAGGCCUCGCUGGACAAGGAGCUGUAUUACCACGGAGAGCCAAUCAGCGUCAACGUUCACGUCACCAACAACUCCACCAAGACCGUGAAGAGAGUCAAAAUCUCCGUGCGUCAGUAUGCAGACAUCUGCCUGUUCAGUACUGCCCAGUAUAAAUGUCCAGUGGCCCAGCUGGAGGCGGAUGACCAGGUGUCGUCCAGCUCCACCUUCUGUAAGGUCUACACCUUGACCCCAACGCUCGACAAGAACAGGGAGAAGAGAGGACUCGCUCUGGAUGGCAAGCUCAAACAUGAAGACACCAACCUGGCCUCCUCCACCAUAGUGAAGGACAUCACCAACAAGGAGGUUCUGGGGAUCCUGGUGUCCUACAGAGUCAAAGUGAAGCUGGUGGUCUCACGUGGAGGGCUGCUGAGAGGCAUGUUGGACAGAGACGUGUCGGUGGAGCUGCCCUUCAUCCUGAUGCACCCUAAACCUGUGGAGCCGCCGCUGUCGCGCCCGCAGUCUGCUGUGCCGGAGAUGGACCCCCCCAUCGACACCAAUUUGAUAGAGUUCGACACAAACAUCUCCCAGGACGACGACUUCGUCUUCGAGGACUUCGCCCGCCUGCGGCUCAAAGGAGUCGUGGACGACAAAGACGAGGACUGCUAGGAGCUCGCCAACGCUUCACACACACACACACACACACACACACACACACACACUCUUCAAGUUACAUUCCCCGGUGGAGGGGGUGGAUGAGGGCAUGUUUGGACGGAGGCUCGGUGGUGUUCUUCCCCUCAUUUUCGUCGUGCCGCCGCCAUUUUUCGCCGCCGUCUUCUCCAUCUGUCUUUCUCUGUUUCUCUGUUUCGCUGAAGAACUCUUCGUGUUGCAGCUGCAGGACCGACGUGUUGGUGACACGUGAUCCAUCAGCUGAAGUGUAGAAGAAGAAAACAAGAUGUGUAGGGAGCUGCAGCGCUCGUACGCUUUUACUUUGAAAAUCUUUUUUGAAUGUCGAUCACCAUCUUGUACAAACAGAAUAUAUAUUUGAAACAUAGAAAAAAAAAUCUUCUACGAGCAAGUGAGAGAUCUGUGUUCAGUGGUGAUCAACGCUUUCACGUCAACUAAAUACUCCAGAUGCUUCACAUCCUGGCAGCGAGGGGAGGACACACACACACACACACACACACACACACACACACACACUCAGCAGUCAGAUUUCACCAGCAUCCUCUCUUGUCACUCUGAACCCUGUCGUCCAUUUUGUAAAAAUGUUUGUUCUGUGAGCCGCACUGUUUUUCUUUUUCUUUUAUUUUGAAAGAACCAUUCCAGCGUUUACAGAGUUUCCUGUUUUUUUUAUUUAAAACUAUAUUUUUCCAUCUUUCUUGUGUUAAAUAAUCAGUCAUUUUUCUUUGUCAUCAGAUUUCAUUACAAAUCGUAAUAUUACCAAAAUAAAGUUAUAAUUUUACAAGAAAAACUCACAAA